AUGUUGCAGGGCGUCGCCAUUGCCAUCGCCGACGCCAACGCCAACGACAGCAAUGAUGAUGGCCUCAAUCAAUCAUUCAUGGCCCAUGUGUCGCCCAGUCUCAAUCAGGGAAUCGCCGCCACCGAAUCCCUGCCGAAUCCCGCCGAGAGCGAGAGCCCCGAGCUGCUGCUGCUGAAGAAUGACAAAUUCCUAACACAUGUCGCCCAUCUGCUGAACAUAACGACCCAGAAUCUCUCAAAUCUGCUGGGCUCGGCGAAUGGCACGAAUGCCAGCACAAUGGCCGCGGAUUCCCCGGGCGACGAGUCCCUGACCCUGCGAACAGCCUUUACCGUCUGCUACGCCCUCAUCUUCGUUGCCGGCGUCCUGGGGAAUCUGAUAACCUGCAUAGUGAUUUCGCGGAAUAACUUCAUGCACACGGCCACCAACUUCUAUUUGUUCAAUCUGGCGGUAUCUGAUCUGAUACUCUUGGUCUCAGGCAUUCCGCAGGAACUGUACAAUCUAUGGUACCCGGACAUGUAUCCCUUUACGGACGCCAUGUGCAUCAUGGGCAGUGUCCUGUCCGAAAUGGCAGCCAAUGCAACAGUCCUUACAAUCACGGCCUUCACUGUGGAGCGAUACAUAGCCAUCUGUCACCCCUUCCGGCAGCACACCAUGUCAAAAUUGUCGCGGGCCAUUAAAUUUAUAUUUGCCAUUUGGCUGACGGCCUUCCUGCUGGCACUGCCCCAGGCCGUGCAAUUUUCGGUGGUCUAUCAAAACGGCGGAUACUCCUGCACGAUGGAGAACGACUUUUAUGCCCACGUGUUCGCCGUCUCCGGAUUCAUAUUCUUCGGCGGACCGAUGACGGCUAUCUGCGUGCUCUACGUUCUGAUUGGGGUGAAACUGAAGAGGAGCAGGCUGCUCCAAUCUCUGCCGCGGAGGACAUACGAUGCCAACCGCGGGCUCAAUGCCCAGGGCCGCGUCAUCAGAAUGUUGGUAGCUGUAGCCGUCGCCUUCUUCCUCUGCUGGGCUCCCUUUCACGCCCAGCGCCUAAUGGCUGUGUACGGCCUGUCCCUGAUUAAUAUAGGCAUCAGUCGGGACGCCUUCAACGAUUACUUCCGGAUACUGGACUACACAUCCGGUGUGCUCUACUUCCUCUCCACGUGCAUCAAUCCGCUGCUGUACAACAUCAUGAGCCACAAGUUCCGCGAGGCCUUCAAGAUCACCCUUACUAGGCAGUUUGGUCUGGCCAGGAACCACCACCAUCAGCAGAGCCAGCACCACCAGCACAACUACAGUGCCCUGCUCCGGCAGAACGGAUCGAUGCGGCUGCAGCCGGCUAGCUGCAGUGUGAACAACAAUGCCCUGGAGCCCUACGGCUCCUAUCGCGUGGUGCAGUUCCGCUGCCGAGAUGCCAGCCACCAGUUGUCCCUGCAGGACAGUAUACGCACCACCACCACGACGACGACGAUCAACAGCACCGGCCUGGGAGCGGGUAAUGGCGUGGGUGGUGGCCGGCGACUCCGAAAACAGGAGUUCUUUGGCCCUGGCCCGGGAACGGCAGUGCCCCAUCGCAUGCUGCAGGCCCAGGUCUCGCAACUGUCUUCGGUGGGCGAUGCCAACUCCCUGCUCGAGGCCGAGGUGGUGGACAGACACUAUGCCUCCGGCAGAGCCAAGCGGGCCCUGCUGGCCACCAAGAGUGGGGCCCUCCUGGUGAAACCUUCGCCACAGAUAGCUGACCCAUCUGAGCUCGGUCCGCCAGCCACUCGUCUGAAGCUAUCUAGGGUCAUAAGUCGACGGGACGAGGCUACAGGAACAACGAUUCCACCACCAUUUUGUGGCAGCCACAGUCUGCCGGAUCCGGAGACCAAUCAGUCUGGCUCCGUGGCAGGUCGCAGCUCCCGCAAGUUUCCCUGGCGCAAGAGGAGGCAGAAAACCGAGGACUCCACUGGCGAGGGAAUGGCCUAUGGCUCGCCCAAAUCCCAAUGA